AUGUCUACCUCUGCAUCUCAGAACAUCCCACCCAUUGCUCUACCAUUUGUGUCGGAACGUGCGAAAAAGCUUUUGGAUGUGGUCGAAAGGUUUGUCCACGAAGAAUGCAUACCAGCGGAUCCGGUUUUCUUCUCCCAAGUCGGGACCGGCGACGCCCGCUGGCAUGGUCACCCAUCCAUCAUAGAUGAGUUGAAGAAAAAGGCUCGCACUCUGGGCAUGUGGAACAUGUUUCUACCCAAAAAUCAUUACAAGAACGGCCCGCAAUUCACCAAUCUCGAAUACGCCUUGAUGGCCGAGUAUCUAGGCAAGAGUACCAUAGCAAGUGAGGCAUGUAAUUGCUCCCCACCCGAUACUGGCAACAUGGAAGUCUUCGCGCGCUACGGCUCGCCCGCUCAAAAGGAUCAAUGGCUCAAGCCACUGAUGGAGGGCGAAAUUCGGUCCGCCUUCCUAAUGACCGAGCCUAACAUCGCUUCAUCCGACGGCAGUAAUAUCCAACUACGUAUAGAACGCCGUGGCGACUACUACCUUUUAAAUGGAUCAAAGACGUGGGCCUCCGGCACCGGCGAUGAGCGCUGUAAGGUUUAUCUCGUCAUGGGCAAGACCAAUCCGGAUCACCCGGAUCAGUAUCGGCGACAAUCUAUUAUACUUGUUCCGUCAGACACGCCUGGUAUGAAAAUACACCGGAUGCUCAGCGUAUAUGGAUAUGACGACGCCCCUCACGGCCACGGCCAGAUUACCUUCACUAACGUCAAGGUGCCGCUUGACGCACUGAUUUUGGGCGAAGGCCGCGGCUUCGAAAUUAUGCAAGGCCGCCUAGGUCCGGGUCGAAUACAUCAUGCUAUGCGCGCUAUAGGCGCCGCCGAGUACGCACUGGAGUGGCUGAUUAACCGUCUCAAUGACGAGCGCAAGAAACCAUUUGGCAAACGACUCUCCGAGCAUGGCGUGUUGUUAGAAUGGGUCGCCAAGUCGCGUAUCGAGAUCGAUGCUUCACGGCUUAUCGUACUCAACGCCGCAAUCAAGAUUGACCAGAUGGACGCUAAAUUCGCGCUCAAGGAGAUUGCGGCAGCAAAGAUUAAGGUGCCUCAGGUCGCGCUAGAGGUGGUGGACCGAGCGAUUCAAGUACAUGGUGCGCUGGGUGUAGGCCAGGACACCCCACUGGCGAGCAUGUGGGCGCACCUGAGGACCUUGAGGAUUGCAGAUGGGCCGGACGAAGCUCAUCUGCAACAACUUGGCCGUCGGGAGAACAAACAGCGCAAGGACGAGGUCAAGAGACGCCUAGCCCAGCAGCAAGCAAAGACAGAGUUCCUCUUCCACUCCAUGGGCGUGGACCGCAAGGAGUUGGGCGCCGCCAAAUUCAACGCGAAGCUGUAG